ACUUCAUCAUCCACUAUGCGGACAUCAACAUGGCACAUCCACUUCACCCAGGAUCACAAAUGCUGCUUUGAUGGAAACCAGGCUUAUUCUAAGAAGAAGUAUCAGGCCUCUAUACAAGUUACACAGAGAUGGUUAUUGCCUUGAUGGCUCCUUCUGCUUGAGCAAUUUCUUGAUAGAUGAAAACUUACUCAUAGCUCUUGAGUAUCAACCAGAAAACCGGAAGAAAUAUAGCAAGGAACGAGGCUGUGCAGAUUUUCAGCGUUUUGUAAAGAUGGUGCAGGAUGAUGUCUUUGGAGCAGAAGAUAUUCCAAACGAAAUUUGCGACUGGCUUUCAUUGAUACAAAGUGCAGGAACAGAUUAUGAGUACCUUGUUUCAUAUGAUUCUGCUCUAAUGGAGUGUAAUCAGGUCCUCUCGACUUUCCUGCAGUUGAGCUCCAAGCUCAUAAUUAUGGAAACAUCAGAUUAUGCUGGAUACAAAUUUGUACUCAAACAAUUGCAGCCUUUUGCUGGCUGGGACAUAUUGGAUCUGCACAAUGAGCACUUCAUUGGUACUUACUGGAGGAGAGAUCCUAUAACAGGGAACAGGACCAGGUAUGGAAAUGAUGUGAGGUCACUUCUGAGAUUGAUAAGAAACACAUUUCAGCAUAUCAUGAUGAAGACAGUCGACAUAAAUGGAAGAAUCACUUUCAAGGAAGAGGAAUAUGAAUAUAUUCUAAACGAUCAAUUUCCUAGGCUACUUAGAGAUUUUAUGAAAGCUAUGUACAUUGCUGCAUACUUGGCAGAGCUCAAUUUGGAGCAUGUUAUGGUCUGAACACUCUGAUGAUGCCCAGAGUAAAGAUUGCACUGUAUGUGCUUCGCUGCACUCUAAGCUUUAAUUUUUCCUA